GAUGUAAUCUGAUCCUCUGCAAGUGUCUUGAAAGCAUCAUCAGCUUUCACAAUUCCGAAAGGGAGGUGACUUGAGUGACCGAAGAACAUACGUUGAAUUCAGCAGAUCCUCUCAAGCUCUGUCAGGUUGGAUGAGGAGCGUCACUGCACAGCUAUUUUCACCCCCCCCCCUCCCACUCCGGCUUAGGACCUGGGAAAUAGACCACAUCAGCCACCAACCUACAGCUAUUGGACUGAGGACAGUUGAGAUGCAUGGCCUGUAAGCAGCCAGCGCCAGCGAUGGCUCAUAGGAAGAGGCCAGGGACCAGCGGCUCCAGCUGCAGCAUGGUGGUGCCCCCCGUCCGGCCCCUCUGCCCCACCGCCUACCCCCCAGAGCAGCACGACCAGGAGCAUGAGGAGGGCCCAGGGGAGGAGGAGGAGGUCCACUACUGCCGCCAGCAGGGCCUGGAGCCAGAGCUGACGGACAGCCGGCCAGCCACACCUACUACACCUGACCUGGAACACGAGCAUGAACACAGCCAUGACCAUGAUCACCCAGACUGCCACGACCAUGAUGACCACAGUCACAGCGACGACCAUGCAGAGUGCCAUGGCCACGAGCAUGCAGACUGUCAUGGUCACGAUCACAGUCACGACGACGUAGACUGCCAUAACCACGGCCACGUCCACAGUCACAUCAAUGACCACGACCAUGCAGGCUGUCACGGCCACCGUCACGACCACGCUGACAGCCUGGACGGAGACUCCAGCUCUGACUAUGUGAACAACACCUCGGAGGAGGAGGACUAUGAUGAAGGUCUGCCGGAGGAGGACGAGGGAGUCACCUACUACAUCCGCUACUGCCCUGAGGAUGACAGCUACCUGGAGGGCAGCAUGGACUGCAACGAGGUCGAGACUGACUAUACGGCCAGCACCGUGCAGCACGUCCGGGCUGAGCCCCCGGGCGACACAGACGAGUGCCAGGAAGCGGUGGAGGAGUGGGCGGAGGGAGAAGGAGGGGUGGAGGUGGGGGAGGUGCGCUCUGAGGUGGUGGAGCAGGACCCAGAUGAACAGAUCUACAACGUCCUGGACCACCAUCCCCACCCCGCCGCCGUCCUGCACGAGUCCCCCCCACCCACAGAGGAGGAAGAAGAGGAGGAGGAGGAGAGAGCUGGGGUUGCCUACACUGGACCCUACUAUGGCCCAGAGGAGGACAAUGGGAACUCCAUGGUUCACAUACCGCGGUCUCCAUACCGUGGCCGUAAGGUGGUAGUGGAGGGGGAGACUGGGGAGGAGGCGGAGGAGGACAUUGACCAGAUAGUGGCAGAGAUCAAGAUGAGUAUGAGCAUGGGUAGCCUGAGCAGUGGUGGCACUGACCAGAGCCCUGAAGAGCUGGUGCAAGACAGUGUACCCAGUGAUUACCACCCUCCUGAGGCCCACGCCAAGCCUGAGCCUGCCCCCUACACCCCAACCCCACACCGCCACGACAGCAGACCCAAGUCCCUCAACCUCCCCUCCUCCACACGGCACAACAACCCUGAGCUCCAGAGGGGCUUCAAGGUUCGCUCCCGCACCCCGGAGGAGCGACAGCAGUGGGCUCAAGAACAGAUGACCAAUGGUGCAGAGCAGCCCAGGAAACAGCAGCGUUCUGACCUCAACGUGCCGCUGGAGAACAACAAUGUCCCGGAGGAAACAAAGAAGGCUGCAUCUUUCCCCAGCUUUGUUGAUGUUCCGGGGCCCUGUGAGCCAGAAGAUCUUAUUGAUGGCAUCAUCUUUGCUGCUAACUACCUGGGUUCCACCCAGCUGCUCUCUGAGAGGAACCCGUCCAAGAACAUCCGCAUGAUGCAGGCCCAGGAGGCUGUCAGCCGGGUCAAGAGGGUUCAGAAGGCUGCCAAAAUCAAGAAAAAGGCGAGCCCAGAGGGGGACGCACAGACACUGACAGAGGUGGACCUCUUCAUCUCCACCCUGAGGAUCAAAGUGCUCAAUGCAGACACACAGGAAACUAUGAUGGACAACGCCCUGCGCACCAUCUCCUACAUAGCUGACAUUGGGAACAUCGUGGUGCUGAUGGCGAGGCGCCGCAUGCCGCGCACAGCCUCCCAGGACUGCAUCGAGACCACACCUGGAGCCCCAGAGGCCAAGAAACAGUACCGGAUGAUCUGCCACGUCUUUGAGUCUGAGGACGCCCAGCUCAUAGCCCAGUCGAUUGGGCAGUCAUUUAGCGUGGCUUACCAGGAGUUCCUGAGGGCCAACGGCAUCAACCCAGAGGACCUGAGUCAGAAGGAGUACAGUGACAUCAUCAACACACAGGAGAUGUACAACGAUGACCUCAUCCACUUCUCAAACUCUGAGAACUGCAAAGAGCUGCAGCUGGAGAAGCAUAAGGGGGAGAUCUUGGGCGUGGUCAUAGUGGAGUCUGGCUGGGGCUCCAUCCUACCCACGGUCAUCCUGGCCAACAUGAUGAACGGUGGGCCGGCCGCCCGCUCCGGGAAGCUCAGCAUCGGAGACCAGAUCAUGUCCAUCAACAACACCAGCCUGGUGGGGCUGCCGCUCGCCACCUGUCAGGGAAUCAUCAAGGGCCUGAAGAACCAGGUGCAGGUGAAGCUGAACAUUGUGAGCUGUCCACCUGUCACCACCGUGCUCAUCAAGAGGCCAGACCUCAAGUACCAGCUGGGCUUCAGCGUCCAGAAUGGGAUUAUCUGCAGCCUGAUGCGGGGGGGUAUUGCCGAGCGGGGGGGUGUCCGGGUGGGCCACCGCAUUAUUGAGAUCAAUGGCCAAAGCGUGGUGGCUACAGCACAUGAGAAGAUUGUCCAAGCCCUCUCAAACUCUGUGGGCGAGAUUCACAUGAAGACGAUGCCAGCGGCCAUGUUCAGACUCUUAACAGGACAGGAGACUCCUAUGUAUAUAUAAACCAAGGACAGAUCCCAUUUUCAUCCACAGAGCAGCUGUACACAGUGGUUGUUUACAGUCCAGUUGGAGAGCUCUGGGUGGACCAGACUAGCAGACUAAUGAGUGUCAGCCAGAGUGAUUACCUUUCUUACUUUUGUGUCGAUGACUUAUCCUUUUCUGAGCUAACAUUCAUUCAACUGAUACUCCUGAUAUUUUGCUGACGUUAAUACUAAAGAAGGUCAUCUGGGCAGAAGGUGUUUACGUUAUUUAUUUGUGUUGUUUGUGUAUUUUGGAUGCAUCACAAUGUAUUUUUUAUAUUCACAUCAAUGUAAUAUUGUACCUGCAUAUUGUUUCAUUUAAUUUUCAUGUAAAUACAUAUUUUGCUAAUGUGUCUGAAGUAAUGGGGAAGGGUCAUGGCUGCUUUGUAAAUAUUUGUCUUUUCCUGCUGGUUUGAUAGCAGGGAAGAAAGCCCUUGACCGCUAAAGGACGAUUGAAAUCCUGUUGUCAAUAUAGUUUAGAUGGACAAUGAAAGGGUAUUUGGGAGUGACUUGGGUAAUAUAAUUUUGUUUAUAUACAGUACCAGUCAAAGGUUUGAGCACACCUACUCAUUCAAGGGUUUUUCUUUAUUUUUACUAUUUUCUAUAUUGUAGAAUAACAGGGAAGACAUCAAAACUAUGAAAUAACACAAAUGGAAUCAUGUAGUAAUCAAAAAAGUGUUAAACAAAUCAAAAUAUAUUUUAUAUUCUUCAAAGUAGCCACCCUUUGCCUCGAUGACAGCUUUCCACACUUUUGGUAUUCUCUCAACCAGCUUCACCCGGAAUGCUUUCCCAACCGUCUUGAAGGAGUUCCCACGUAUGCUGAGCACUUGUUGGCUGCUUUUCCUUCACUCUGCGGUCCAACUUAUCACAAACCAUCUCAAUUAGGUUGAGGUCGGUUGAUUGUGGAGGCCAGGUCAUCUGAUACAGCACUCCAUCACUCUCCUUCUUGGUCAAAUAGCCCUUACACAGCCUGGAGGUGUGUUGGGUCAUUGUCCUGUUGAAAAACAAAUAAUAGUCCCAUUAAGUGCAAACCAGAUGGGAGGGUGUAUUGCUGCAGAAUGCUGUGGUAGCCAUGCUGGUUAAGUGUGCCUUGGAUUCUAAAUAAAUCAGACAGUGUCACCAGCAAAGCACUCCCACACCUCCUCCUCCAUGCUUCACAGUGGGAGCCACACAUGCAGAGAUCAUCCGUUCACCUACUCUGCAUCUCACAAAGACACAGUGGUUGGAACCAGAAAUCUCAAAUUUGUACACAUCAGACCAAAGGACAGAUUUCCACAGGUCUAAUGUCCAUUGCUCAUGUUUCUUGUCCCAAGCUAGUUUCUUCUUAUUAUUGGAGUCCUUUAGUAGUGGUUUCUUUGCAGCAAUUCGACCAUGAAGGCCUGAUUCACACAGUCUCCUCUGAACAGUUGAUGUUGAGAUGUGUCUGUUACUUGAACUUUGUGAAGCAUUUAUUUGGGCUGCAAUUUCUGAGGCUGGUAACUCUAAUGAACUUACCCUUUGCAGCAGAGGUAACUCUGGGUCUUCCUUUCCUGUGGCAGUCCUCAUGAGAGUCAGUUUCAUAUCGCUUGAGAGUUUUUGCGACUGCAGUUUUCUUGAAAUUUUCCAUAUUGACUGAUCUUCAUGUCUUAAAAUAAUGAUGUACUGUCAUUUCUCUUCAUAUAUUUAAGCUGUUCUUGCCAUAAUAUAGACUUGGUCUUUUACCAAAUAGGGCUAUAUUAUGUAUUCCACCGCUACCUUGUCACAACACUACUGAUUGGCUCAAACUCAUUAAGAAGGAAAGAAUUUCCACAAAUGAGCUUUUAACAAGGCACACCUGUUAAUUGAAAUGCAUUCCAGGUGACGACCUCAUGAAGCUGGUUGAGAUAAUGCCAAGAGUGUGCAAAGCUGUUAAGGCAAAGGGUGGCUACUUUGAAGAAUCUCAAAUGUUUCUUUAAGACUUUUUUGGUGACUACAUGAUUCCAUAUGUGUUAUUUCAUAGUUUUAAUGUCUUCACUAUUAUUUCUAAACUCAGCAAAAAAUAAAUGUUCCUUUUUCAAGACCGUCUUUCAAAGAUAAUUUGUAAAAAUCCAAAUAACUUAACAGAUCUUCAUUGUAAAUGGUUUUAACACUGUUUCCCAUGCUUGUUCAAUGAACCAUAAACAAUUAAUGAACAUUCACCUGUGGAACGGUCGUUAAGACACUAACAGCUUACAGACGGUAGGCAAUUAAGGUCAAAGUUAUUAAAACUUAAGAGGCCUUUCUACUGACGGAAAACACCAAAAGAAAGAUCCCCAGGUCCCUGCUCAUCUGCGUGAAUGUUCCUUAGGCAUGCUGUAAGGAGGCAUGAGGACUGCAGAUGUGGCCAGGGCGAUAAAUUGCCAUGUCCGUACUGUGAGACGCCUAAGACAGUGCUACAGGGAGACAGGACGGACAGCUGAUCGUCCUCGCAGUGGCAGAUCACGUUUUGUUCCCUGCAAGACAGGAAUGCCAGUGUUCUGCCAUGGCCAGCGAAGAGCCAGGAUCUCAAUCCCGUUGAGCACGUCUGGGACCUGUUGGAUCGGAGGGUGAGGGCUAUGGCCAUUCACCCCCAGAAAUGUCCGGGAACUUGCAGGUGCCUUGGUAGAAGAGUGGGGUAACAUCUCACAGCCAGAGCCGUCAAAUCUGGUGCAGUCCAUGAGGAGAUGCACUGCAGUACUUAAUGGAGCUGGUGGCCACACCAGAUACUGUUACUUUUGAUAUUCACCCCCCCCUUUGUUCAGGGACACAUUAUUCUAUUUCUGUUCGUCACAUCUGGAACUUGUUCAGUUUAUGUCUCAGUUGUUGAAUCUUAUGUUCAUACAAAUAUUAACACGUUAAGUUUGCUGAAAAUUAACACAGUUGAUAUUGACGUUUAAUUUUUUUGCUGAGUUUACAAUGUAGAAAAUAGUAAAAAUGAAGAAAUGCCCUUGAAUGAGUAUGUGUGUCCAAACUUUUGACUGGUACUGUAUAUCAAGCCAAUGCUUGCAGCAGAGGUUGUAUGUUUCAAAGCGCCACAUCCCUUCAGAUUUGAACUUUUUCAUUUUGCAGAAAUUCAAAUCUCACCAUGAGGUAAAUGUUACUGACUAGUGUGCAAGUGUUUUUUAAACUUCCAUAUGUCAACACAAUGUACUGGACAGCACUGUCUCUCACACAUUUUAAUAACAGUUCAUUCAAAACUAUAAGCAAUGUAUGAAACUUGAAAGGGUAGUUUCUAUGUGUGCUAUGUUCAUCUUAUGUGUUUCACCCCAACAGAAACUCAGUUGAGUCGAUUGUGAAUGUAUUGUGUUGUAAGAACUGUGUCCAUUGCCAUAAGCAGUAUUAGAAUGUCUGUACAUAAAGAGAACUUUGUCUAGGAUUGUGCUCAUAAGCGUCAUGGUUAGCCACUGCAAAUAUCCCUCAUUCUGCUGUGUCGGGCUUCAGCCUUGAGAGAAAGAUGAACAAUGAAUCCCACUGUGACUGAGGAAGCCUUACGACUGAGUAAUGCUUUUAACAUGCAUUGUACUAAAAAUUACAUUUGAAAAUUUUACAUUUAUCUGUGUGCAUGCCUCAUGAUAGUAUCAAAUCAUUAUGUCAAGAUAACAAUAAAAUCUCAAAUAAACUCCAA